CCCCCACCCCGCACAGAAUCCGAGUCCCAUCUAAAUCACGCACACUGAGAGAGAGAGAGAGGCGGCCAUGGCGACGCUGCCGCAGCGGUUCAAGCUGCUGGCGACGCGGUGCGCGGCGGGGGCGGCGGCGCCGAGCCCGUCGAGGAGCCCGGCGCCGUCGUACGCCGGGGCGAGCCCCGGGUACCGCCUGCGUCGGAGGCGGAGGCGGCGCGGCGGCGGCGAUGGCCGGCUGCGGCGCUUCCUGUCCCGCCGCGUCGGCGUGGGAGGGUGUGGAGGAGGAGGAGGCGGGGGGAAGGAGGCGGCCGCGCGGGAGCAGGAGGAGUACAAGAAGCCGCUGGUGGGCCACGGCGGCCGCACGCUGCGGGAUCUGUUCGUCGCGUCGCCGGAGGCGGCCCGACGCCGCGGCGGCGGCGAGGACGAUGAGAGAGGCGCUGGUGGCUUCAGGUCGGCCCAUGGAGACGGGGGUGUAGGAGGCGGCGGCGGCGGCGGGAGGAGGUUCGGGUCGGGCGGGCUGCGGAGCCUGCUGAUGCGGCGGAGCUGGCGGCCGGUGCUGGUGGCGAUCCCGGAGGGAGAGGGCCGGCCGGAGCUCGCCGUCAUCGAGGAGUAAACAAAGCUUCAACAACCGCAGAACAGAAGGGAUCAGGCAGAACGGAUCAAGAACACCCAGAAGCGGACAUGGAAUUCCUCCUCUUCUUCUUCUUUCUCCUUGCUCUGUUUCUUUCUCGCCUCUUCUUUCUUUUUUUACUAGCUUUUACCCGCUUUUGUUUGUUUUAGGAGAUUUGCCGCUGUGAAUAUGGAAUACUACCAAAUCACCCCUGCCAAUUAAAUCUCAUCCCAAAUUGCACCCUACUCUGCAUGCAUCGCAAGCUCACCAUUUCUCUCCUCGAACUGCGAGGAGGCCACGGUGAUCUCGUCAGUACCACCACCAGCAGCAGAGUCAUCAAUCAUCACCAGUUCACCACUGCACUCACCUGUCACCUGCCAAGAAUAAUGUACGCCAGGCGACUUGUACACAGCUGUACCGUCGGCAAUGCAGCAAUGGCUGCGGCCGGAAUCCAUGGGAAACGGAGGAGCUGGUAGUUCCGGUCGGGACGAGACGGCGCGAGGCACGAGGCUGAUCGACGAGCAUGUUGUUCGGUUCCGCUCUCAGUUUCAUCGGAGUUUCAGCUUCAGAGGUUCAGUGGGUGGCGAUCGUCUGUGAGACUGACCGCAUGCAUGCUUGCUCUACUCCGGCGUAAUUAGGGAUGGCAACGGGGAUAUAACCCGUCGGGUAUGGGCAAAAUGUUCUUGUCCCCGCGAGUUAAAAUCUGUCCCGUCCUCAUCUCCGUCCCCGCUGCGGGGAUAGAUUUUUCUCCGUCUUCGUCCCCGACCAGGUAUUGCAUACCCGUCGGGUACCCAUACCCAAGUACACACUCAUCUAAAUUCAUUAUUGUAUGACUUUUAUAUGGGUUGUACCGGGUUUGGGCCAAUAUAUGCUUACUGGGCCUAUUUUGAUAUAGGCAUGAAUAGCAGUAGCAGGUUCUCCAACGGGUAACAGAAACAGGUAUAUAUAGGACGUCUCUGUACCCGUUAUAUAUGAUCCUAUAUCUAUCCCCUAAAUGAACAAAUACCCGUCGGGUAUCGGGGCCCGUUGCCAUCCCUAGGCGUAAUGCCUGGGCCAGCGUACUGCAUUGCAUAGCAUUGAUGGUUUCGGUUACUCAUAAAGCCGACCGGAAGUGACAAUUGAGACUAAUUUUGGUUGCGUAUGUUUCUCGAAUUGCUCAACGAUUACUCGUACAAUAAUAACAUUGCUCGUUUUAUGUAUGCUAAUUAGCCCAAAUAUAUCUGCUAUUGCGAACGAGCUCGAUGAAUCCAUGUACCCCCGA